AUGUCCAAUACCCCUCCACCUCCACCCCAACAAGGUCCCCGGCCGAAAGUCGUCUGGUCCCAAGACGUCCGUGACUAUGUCAAUCGCUCAUUCGCGAAGGCUGCAGAGAUGCGAACAGUAUCCAAAGAACAGAUUGAAGCGAAACUCAAGGAAAUCAUCACAGACGCCACGCAAAGCGGGAAUCUGGACCGUAUCAACUGGAAAGAGCUGCCGCUACCGCAGCAAAUGAUCUUGGAGGAACGCAACCGUGCUCUUCUUGCUCCUAUAACACCUCCACCUUUUGUUUCCCCUGUAGCUGUUCCCGCUCCUACCACUCCUUAUCACACUCAACCGGACUUUCCGCGCAAGCGCAAAUCUACAGAGCUCUCAGCAGAAGUCGAGGUCUCUGCACCACCGCCUCCCUGGAGACCAAAUGGACAACAGACCGGGUCGUUGGCCGAUCGUGUCUCCUUCAACCCGAAAGAAAAACGACCCAAGCUCGACAUGAGCACAUCCGUAAGUAGAGCUGGCGCCAGUCUAGAAUCCCGCAGACGACGGUUCGAAGACAUGCGUGGAGAUUCCAACUCUCCGCGUACACAAGAAUCAUCCAGGGGCGCCUCACCGGAACCCAAGCCGACUGGACCUAUCGUUGGGCGAUCGCAAAAGCUGGAAAAGAACUAUUUCCGAUUAACAUCAGCGCCCAACCCCGAUGACGUCCGACCACUGGAAGUUCUUCGGAAAACAUUGGAAUUACUAAAGAAGAAAUGGCGCUCUGAGGCCAACUAUGUCUACAUCUGUGACCAGUUCAAGUCUCUGCGGCAAGAUUUGACCGUCCAACACAUCAAGAACGAAUUCACCACCAGCGUUUACGAGUACCAUGCCCGGAUUGCCUUAGAGAAGGGUGACCUGGGUGAGUAUAACCAGUGCCAAACACAGCUGCGGGCGCUGUACAAGCAGAGUCUAGGCGGUCACCCUGUGGAGUUCAAGGCAUAUCGUAUCCUGUAUUUCAUUCACACCUGCAACCGGACUGACAUGAAUGACGUACUAUCUGAUCUAACCCCAGCAGACAAGAAAGAACCGGCCAUCAAACACGCGCUCGAGGUGCGCUCUGCUCUCGCUCUCGGCAAUUACCACAAAUUCUUCAAAUUGUAUCUGACCGUGCCUGAUAUGGGCGCAUAUCUGAUGGAUAUGUUCGUAGAGCGUGAAAGACUGGCGGCUUUGGCUUGCUUAUGCAGAGCAUAUAAACCUGAUGUCCGCCUUCGCUUCGUUACAGAAGAGCUGGGUUUCGAGUCGGACGAGGAAGCAUGUCAAUUCAUCAUUGAUCAUGCAGCAGAUGAGUCCUCGAGUCUACUCGAAGAACGCGAUGGAGAUGUACGCUUUUUGACUGGAAAAGCUGGAUCCAUCUUCCACAUUGCGAAGGCGAAAGCCUUUGGACAAAUCGACAUCAAGGGCCAGAUAUGA